AUGGCUUCAUCAGAACUUAAGGAGUUGAGAGAACAGUUUAAAGACCUUCUUAACAAGGGCUUCAUUAGGCCGAGUGUUUCACCGUGGGGUGCCCCGGUCCUGUUUGUCAAGAAAAAAGAUGGGUCUCUCAGAAUGUGCAUCGACUAUCGGCAGUUAAAUAAAGUUACCACUAAGAACAAGUACUCGCUGCGAAUAAUUGAUAAUUUAUUUGAUCAACUUCAGGGUGCUAAGUACUUUUUAAAGAUAGACUCGUCGAGGUACCACCAAUCGAGAAUAAGAGAAGAGGAUAUAUCUAAAACAGCCUUUAGGAAUCGCCACGGGCACUAUGAAUUUCUAGUAAUGUCCUUCAGGUUAACGAAUGCUCCGGUCGCAUUCAUGGACCUCAUGAACAAAGUUUCCGAGCCAUUCCUUGAUACCUUUAUUAUCGUGCUUAUAGACGAUAUUUUGGUAUACCGUAAGAGCAAGGAAGAGCACGCAGAACACCUCAGGAUAGACUUGUAG